CCAAUGUGUUUGUCUGCCUGGAUGGGAAGGAAAAUUUUGUGAAAAUGAGUCAAAUGAAUGUGACUCAGAGCCUUGUAGAAAUAAUGGCACCUGCACAGAUCUUUUCAACAGCUAUCGAUGCUUGUGUACAGCAGGAUGGACAGGUCCAGACUGCAGUGAAGACAUAAAUGAAUGUGAUUCUGAACCAUGCUUGAAUGGAGCUACCUGUUAUGAAUCUGUUAAGCAGGGACAGUUUGUAUGCAUCUGUCCUCCAUUUUAUACUGGUGACUUUUGCCAUCAGCGCUUCAGUCCUUGUGAGCUGCCUUACAAUCCAUGCAUAAACAACUCAACUUGCCUGGCACAAGCUGAUGGAAAUCCCAUGUGCAUUUGCAAAACAGGAUAUGAAGGUACUUACUGUGAAGUUAACAGCGAUGAGUGCAUCUCCCAUCCAUGCCAGAAUGAAGGCCUCUGUGUGGAUGGCAUUAACAGUUACAGGUGCUCCUGUCAGCAUGGCUUCACUGGGACACUGUGUGAAGUGGAGAUUAAUGAAUGCUUAUCAAGACCGUGUAAAAACAGUGGGACUUGUCUGGACCUCAUAAACAGAUUCCUCUGUAAUUGUACACCUGGAUACUAUGGGUCUCUAUGUGAGAUAGACGUAAAUGAGUGUGAAACUCUGCCUUGCUUGAAUGGAGGAAGCUGCAUCAACAGGCUUGGAGGCUAUCAGUGUUUCUGUUCUCCUGGAUUCACAGGUAAUAGAUGUGAAACAAAUACAGAUGAAUGUUUAUCUACUCCUUGUCUAAACAAUGGAAGUUGCAUUGAUGACAUCAAUUCCUACAAGUGUCACUGCAGGAGAGGUUUCAUUGGAACAAACUGUGAGACAAAUGUUAAUGAAUGCUGGCCAGAUCCUUGUCUUCAUGGAAGAUGUAUAGAUCUCAUUGAUGGAUAUCAGUGCUCUUGUGAAGCAGGAUGGACCAGCUCAAGAUGUGAGAUAAAUAUUAAUGGUGUAGAUAGCAAAGUCUUGCUUCGAGGGAACUGCAGACCUGGUCUGCAUGAGAAGAGACCAUGCUGGACACAGAUGGUUCCAGCCAUAUCCAGCGGAUCCAUUGCAAAAGAGCUCAGUGAGGAAGACAGUUUGAGAAACUAUGUUGUAAACACCAAGAUCAGAGAAGAAAAAGGAAGAAGUGCUCCAGAUGCCAGAGCAGAUAUUCUGCUGCAACCCAUGGAGAAAACCAUGCUAAAGCAUAUACCCACACUGCAGCCCGUAGGGGACCGCAUGCUGCAGGAGAUGUAUAUGCUCUGA